UCAAAUUUUCCAAAUAAAACAUAAACAAAGUGUUUCUUAGGUUGUUGUUAAAAUAUUUGUAUUCUACAUAACUAUUCAUAGUUCAAAAUGCCUAAAGUUGUUUCUCGGAGCAUUGUUUGCUCGGAUUCAAAAGAUCAGGAGGAGUAUACCGAUACCGGCCCGUUGAAUAUCUAUUAUUGUUUAUGUGGGCAAAUGAGUCUUAUUUUAGAUUGUAUUGUUGAAAAACUACCCCUACGACAGCUGGAUGGAGCACGGGUUAUUGAUUCAGCUAAACAUGCCAAUAAAAUCACAUCGGAACCGGGCGAAACUGUAUUUAUUCGACGGGAAGCUGGUAUCGAAAAACAGCACCGUUUCAAGUGCAAGAAAUGUGCCCUACCCCUGUAUUAUCGGCAUACCAGUGAUUCCCAGGUAACAUUCAUUAUCCGUAGGGCAUUAGUGAAAUCAAAGAGCGACACCCGAAUUUCCGAAGUAUAUAAUAAACCAGCAGUCGUUGCAUCGUCACUCGAGCCGAAGAAGGUAAUGGUGACGAAACACACCAAGAAUAUGGGUAAAUUCAGCUCAGUUACCGUUUCCACCAUCGACGAGGAGGAGGACGAAAUUGAAGCGCGUGAGGUUGCGGAUAGUUACGCCAACAAUGCCCGAAUCAUCGAGAAGCAGUUGGAGCGAAAAGGAGGCAAAUCGAACGAAUCCGUGAUUAAGGAAAAAUGUGAUGCUCCUCCUACGAAGAAAUCACGGGGCACUUUGUUGGAUGUGUAGAAUCACAAUAGAACAACACAAAUUGGAAGGUAAAAUAAAGAAAAGUAUUAAUACAUUUAAAUUAAUGUCCUUCGAAAUGAGGCUUCUUUGGAAUAA